UUUCGUCAGUUUACCAUCGCACGUUUAUAAGACUAUGAAUUUGAACAGUCUGUCAUUAGGCUUAUAGAUUUUAUUUAUCGGUAUAGUUUCACAGAAUUCACGCUUAAACAAAUGAAGAAAACUAUGAAAUCAAAGAAAUCGAGUUCUGCCGGAGCACUUUAUUUAAAAGUUUAUAAUAUUGUGCAAGUUUUUGGUUGGUGUUACAUACUUUAUAAACUUCUGCAAAAUAAUUUGUUUUCCAUCGAACCGGUUGAUUUGUGGCAAAAUGUUAAGUGGCCCGUUGUUAUUUUUCAAUAUGCAGCUCUUUUGGAGAUAUUACACGCAAUAGCGGGUUUAGUUAAAUCAAAUCCUUCACUGACAGCUUUUCAAGUUUUAAGUAGAGUUGUAAUUGUAGUUAUAUUAUUGGCAACUCCAGACAACUAUGCUGCAUCAUCUUUUGGAGUUCCAUUAGCAAUAUUAGCAUGGUCAAUCACAGAAGUAAUCAGAUAUUUGUAUUACUUUACAAAUCUGAUUGAAUUUGUACCAUAUGUUCUUACAUGGUUAAGAUACACGUUAUUUAUUGCAUUGUAUCCAAUCGGUGUGUCGGGUGAACUGUUGUGCGUAUAUGCUGCUGUGAAUUAUGCAAAAUCUCAUCCACAAUCUUUCGAUUAUGUAUUUCCCAGUUCAUGGAAUUUUAUUUAUUACUAUAUACUUGUAUUUAUUAUGUUAAUAUACAUUCCUGUUUUUCCAAUGUUAUAUUUACAUAUGGUUGCCCAAAGGCGCAAGAUUUUGGGAGGCGGCGCACCUAAAAAAGCUCAAUAAUGUAAAUAAAAUGUCAUAUAUUCUUCUUUAUAACACAUUUGUACCUUAUACAAUUUAAAUAAA